CUCCUCCAGCCGCCGGCAGCAUCAGCAUCAGCAGCAGCAGCGGCGAGAGGCGGAGGCCCGCAGGCGGAGGGACCGGCACGCCGUGACCCAGAGCCGGAGAGAGGGGCUGAGCGAGCGCCGGGAGUCGUCGCCGGCCCCGCCGCCGCCACCACCACCACCACCACCGGCGGAUACCAGCUCCGAGGAGGAGGAGGAGGAGGAGGAGGACCGAGCUUCGAGCCGGGCCGAGACCCCGAGGGAUGGGAGCGGCAGACCCGGGCUCCCGGUGAGCCCAGCGGCGGGGAGGCGGCGCUGUCGCUGAACCCAGAUCUUCCAGCCAUAACUGCUCUCACGGUGGUGCGUAAGAGAAUGAAAUAUGCCUUGAAACAUUCUCUUUUGCCAGAAAAAUGGAAAUUCGAUGUGGCGGCUUACUUUUCAGUUCCAAGUUUGAUUCUGGAAACAUUGCUCAAGUUGAAAAAGUGGAGCAUCCUGAAGGAGAAUUGGAUUCAACUCCUAGUGGCAGUACAGGCGCAGGAAGUUUAGGGAAUGCGAUAACCACUCCAGAUUGUGAGUUUAAUGUGUGGACCAAACCAGACUGUGCCGAUACUGAGUUCGAGAAUGGUAAUAGGUCCUGGUUUUAUUUCAGUGUGAAGGGAGGAAUUCCUAGUAAAGUUAUUAAAAUCAAUAUCAUGAAUAUGAAUAAGCAAAGUAAACUGUACUCGCAGGGAAUGGCACCAUUAGUUAAGACUCUGCCUGGAAAACCACGCUGGGAACGUGUACGAGAGAGACCAACAUAUGAGAUGGUGGAAAACCAGUUUAUUCUCUCCUUCAUGCAUCGCUUUCUUGAAUAUCGUGGAGCAACAACCUACUUUGCAUUUUGUUUUCCAUUCACAUACUCUGAAUGCCAAGAGAUGUUGACGCAACUGGAUGAAAAAUUUGAAUAUUGUAAACACCUGACUAUAAGGAGUCUUUCAGAUACUAUUUACUAUCACCGUGAGCCUUUGUGUUAUUCCUUGGAGAAACGACGUGUUGAUCUUAUCACCAUUACUUCGUGUGAUGGAAUGACACUGGAAUGUGAACCACGACUUGAAAAGCUUUUUCCAGAUCGUUCCACUCCUCGCCCAAAGCAGUUCACUGGAAAACAGGUAUUUUUCCUCAGCAGUCGAGUGCAUCCUGGUGAAACUCCCUCUAGUUUUGUUUUUAAUGGUUUCCUAGAGUUUAUUUUACGGGCUGAUGAUCUUCGUGCUCGGAUGCUGAGACGAAUGUUUGUCUUUAAACUUAUACCCAUGUUGAAUCCAGAUGGUGUAGUGAGGGGACAUUAUCGGACUGAUUCUAGAGGCGUGAAUCUGAAUCGUUUGUACUUGGAUCCAGAUUUUAAUUUGCACCCUUCAAUUUAUGCGGCACGAGCAGUCAUCCUGUAUCAUCAUGUUAACAACCGUGUGUCUUCAGAUAACUGUGACUGGAGGAAGUUGUCUUCAUUGACAUCGAGUGGCCCUUUAUGCACAAAGGACUUGAAUCAUUCCAUCAAUACUUCUUCUAUCCCCACUGAGACCACUCUGUCAGAGAUGGAGAAAAGCAAAAAUAUAAAAAACUUUGAAAACGGGGAAAUGGAUUGCAUCAUUUCCUGUAAAGACCUUGGCCAAUCAGAUGCAUUAAUACAAGGCAAAGACAACAAUGGGCAGCCGCUUUCAGAGGCACGUAAUGGAAAAAUUAAUUCAUCCAGUGGGGAUGGUGCACGCUGUGAGAAGGCAACUGAUAGUUCUGACUCAUCAGAAACUGCUGAGCACAUUCCUCCACAUGAGAGUGGGAUUGCAUAUUAUGUGGACUUGCAUGGACAUGCUUCAAAGCGGGGAUGUUUUAUGUAUGGAAAUUCUCUUCCAGGUGAAAAUAAUCAGAUGGAGAAUAUGUUGUUUCCAAAACUGAUCUCCAUGAACUCAGCACACUUUGAUUUCACGGCUUGCAAUUUCUCUGAGAGAAACAUGUAUGCCAAAGACAAAAGGGAUGGACAGUCUAAAGAGGGAAGUGGGAGAGUGGCAAUUUAUAAAGCUACAGGAAUUAUUCACAGCUAUACCUUGGAAUGCAAUUAUAAUACAGGCCGUUGUGUGAAUUCAGUUCCUCCUGCAUGCCAUGACAAUGGACGAGCAAGUCCACCACCGCUACCUACUUUUCCACCUAAAUAUACUACAGAAAUCUUUGAGCAAGUGGGGAGAGCUGUAGCCAUUGCAGCCUUAGAUAUGGCUGAUUGCAAUCCUUGGCCAAGAGUUGUUAUGUCAGAAUACAGCUGUAUGACAAAACUUCGUGCAUGGAUGUUGAAGCACAUUCGAAAUACAAGAAGCAUGGCAAUGUCAAAGAAAAAUGUUACAAGGAUUUCUAAAGGUUCUAAUGGGAUAACAUCCUCUGUCUCAGAAAAUUCCCUCAGUAAGACGAAGAGUAAUGGAAAUGGCAUCUCUGGAAUCAGCAAUGGGCACCAAAAUCCAUCUCUGAUUAAAACGUCUCCCAGUUUCACUUUUGGCUGUAGCCCUGGGACAACCAAAGGGGCCUGUGCACCAGGAUUAAAUCAUAAUCCUCCAAAAGGUGGCCACAAAAUGCUCGGGCCAGUGAGAGAAACUAGAGCACAGGAAAAGCGUCGUCAGCAUCAGGCUGUGUUAAGAGCAACAGUCAACAAUCCCAGCAGCCAGCAUAGCUCUUCAACACAUCGGUACAUGCAGUGCCCUACAUCUGUCUCCCUCAACUUCUCCAAAGACCCAUCCCAAGUCCAGCCUUCCAGCUUAAGGCCUUGCUCUCUUCCAACCUCCUUCAAAAUGGCAGGGUUCAAAGGCAUGUCUGGUGCACUUAAAAAUGGCAUUUCUCAAGAAUUAUUAGAACAUUCUCAGCCAUUGGAAAAUAGUACAGAUGCUGGAAGGAAAAUUCAACUGCAGAAUCCAUUGAAGAAAAACAAAUUAAAAUUAAAGACAUCUUUAGAUAUUACCAGUUCUGAACAGCUGCUGAGACCCAGUAGAAUCCCAGUGAGAAGAUGUGACGUGCUCACAUCCCAGGGAAAUCUGCGCCUGACCCCCAGCACAACCAGUCAUAAUCCUGUGCUGAAAGCGUUGAAAAGCGUGCAGCCAAAUGUUACACAACAAGAAUCCAAAAGAUAUUGGCUGGCAGCUCUUGUAGUCCCAGCAGCGCCAGAAGCAAGUAGUGGCCACUGCUGGGACUGCACCCAGACCAAGAAGAAGGAAGAUGUAUCUCCCGGACUUGAAGGUAGCAUUUUGGAUUGUUCUGCAAUGACCUUGGCUCCAUCAGCACUGAAAUGUGGUUCUGAAGACACAAUAUGCACCAUUAAUAGUGAAGCAGAAACUCAGCUGGAUAUUUCUGAGAAGCUUUCGUUGGCGUCUGGAACGGAGCAAAUCCCCACGUAUAGACAGAUAUUUUCAUUUUGUACUGAUGGCUGACACCAUAAUUAUACUGUUUCUACGGAAGCACACCAAGGUCAUGGAGAAGAGGUGGAAGAGCAUGCACGAAGAUGAAACUAAAGAUAAGAGAAGAAAUAUUUUCAUUAGGACAAAGAAGUUUAAGAAGAGAUCUGAUAAAAAUGUUCAAUAAUAUUCCAAUGGGAAAUAUAAGUCUUAAAGACCUGUAGAAAACAGUGGUAGAAACAGAAUCCACAGCAGCUAUAAAAAGAAAUUAAAUAAAUAUGUGAAAAAUAAAACAUUUGAAAGAAUAUAAAGAAGGGGUAAAGCAGCGAAACUGAAUGCAUAGCUCUUUUGGAGAAGUGACACUGGCUUGAUGGGCCAAAUGGCCUCCUCAGCUACAAGCUUUUAUGAUUCUGUAAAAUAGAAUCUGCAUCUGGAAGCUUGAAUAUUCUAAUGUAUCACGCAGAAAAAAAGAGUCUGCGUACGCCAACAAGCAAAGAAGUGCUAAUGAUUAUACUGAAAUUGCUGCAAAUUGACUUCUCACAACUAAUAUAUUAUCAUUUAUGACACUUUGAAAAGCAGUCUUGAUCAAAUUUGAAGCAAACCUUGUAAUUUAUGAAGUUAGCACAUUGUGGUUACCAAGACUGCUCACAUGAUUUCUAAUUUAAUCCUUUAAAACACCCAAAAUUAAUGCAAUGCCAGAAAUGUUCCUAACAAUGCCACAAAAUACACAUUUAGAAAUUAUAUGAAGUCCUAACACGAUCACGGCAGUGUGGCGCAAUAGCAUGAGCACUGUACUUUUUAACACUUUUGAGUACAUGUCAGUGCAGUUUAUGAUACUUGUUUACGAUUUACCAUAAGGUUGGAUUUUGUUCGGAUUACUGGCACAUAUAGUUUGUUUAUGGACAUAAAAGAGAAAAUCAAAUGUUCUUAAACAAACAAGCAAUUUUAAAUAGGUUUAAUGAGAUUUGUGGUGCACCGUGUGGUUUUUUUUUCUGCUACUCAGAAGCUUUGUAAGAGUUGGGUAAAAUGACUUGGAACCAGUUUUCUUUAGGAUCUGCUCUUCAGCCUGUCCAAUGGGCUCAUGAGUUUGAAGUCCAGUGUUAAUCUGUUUUACUUUUCAUUAAAUCACUUUUCAUCACUAAACACUCAGUUCUAGAGUCUGUCUGAGUUUAGAACUGUGAGCUUCAUUGUUUGGAAAUCAAUUGGUACAAACCUGGAUUAGCUAUAGAGGUGAGCAGAUCUGGAUCUGAACUGGAUUGUCAUUUGAAGUUCUGUGGACCCCCUUAUGGGAAUAUCCUGUGGUACACAAGAUAGCCCUAUGGUAACUUUUCAGUUAAGUAAAUACACGUGUCACCACCUUAAUUGUUCGUAACUGCCCCAUUACUGAAACCUACUUGACGAAAGGAUAUAUAAAACUUUAUUCAAUAGGCUUCAUUUGAUUGAGUUUGUUAUAUCACCACAGCAAGAGAUUAUGGGCAGAAUAUUACACCCGGCAUGCGGGCGUGUGCCUGACAAGUCCGAGCGUAAAAUGACGCGUGAUGACAUCGGGCGAGCGUCCCGACACAUCGCGCAGUCUUGCGAUAUUUUGUUCGGCCGGGUACACACCCGCCGACAAUUAAAAGGCCUAUUAAGCCCAUUAAGAAGCUUAAUUAAAUUCAAAUUUAUACCGCCCAUCCAACCCGACAAUUGGCAAGCAGGCGAAAAGGCCAAGCGGCCUUUACAUUUUUUAGGAAACCUCAUCCACGGGCG